AUGGUCGUGGUGGUCGCUCACUUGCUUGCAGGUGAGACUGCGCCUAGCGUCCACUUGCUGGCACUCAACUCUCACCUGUGGCUCCACGUAGCUGGACUCUGCUCAGCGGCCACACCCCGGGCAACCGUCUCGACCGGCGGGCUAAACCGGGUGAGGGGGCCCUGUGCGCUGUGCCGUGUGCACAUGGUUUGCGGAUUCCGCUGAAUGGAAGGUCGGAUGGAACCUUGCGUCGGCACCGUCGUGACGUGGUUCGUCUCUGCACGCCGCUGGACAGCCGGUGACGGGAUGGAUCUCCACAUCGACAUCGCCUUGACGCGCCCACCUACGCCGUCGGAGACCGCGGCUUACGGCGAAUUCGAGUCGCUCUCCACUACAACCCGAAGUCGUGGUGCCAUAGUGGAGUUCGGCCGUGCCACAACGGCACAUGGGCAGCCCGAUACAGGGGCGGCAUUGCCAGACCCCACGAGGGGAAGGGCCUAGAAAAGGUGGCCUAAACAUUGCUGGGUACCACGCCGUCUCCAGGCUAGCCAGGGCCGCAGACGUCUUAUCAUGGUCGAAACAAUCAAAAUCGAGACAACAACAAUACCAAUAACAACAACAACAACAACCAUACUCAUUCUCCUCAUCCUACCUUUUCUUCCUCUUCCUCUGCCUAUUCUUCUCCUUCGUCACCUUCUUCUCCAUCUCCUUCCCGUCGCCCCACUCGUUGUCACCAGACUGGCAGGGUGAGCCCGCUCACUCUGGCAGUCUGGAAUGUUCGUUUCCUUUUAAAUAAUCCGAGGAGCAACCGACCGGAACGGAGGACGGCGCUAGUGGCACGAAAACUGGCGCGCUACAAGGUGGACAUCGUCGCACUCAGCGAGACCCGUUUCUCCGAACAAGGCCAACUGGAGGAGAUGGAUGCCGGCUACACCUUCUUCUGGAGUGGUCGACCCAGGGCAGAGCGACGAGACGCGGGCGUCGCCUUCGCCAUCCGGACCGACAUCGUGGGACGACUGCCGUGUUUGCCGCAGGGCAUCAACGAUCGCCUGAUGAGCCUCCGCCUGCCUCUCUGGGGAGGCAAAUUCGCCACCAUUAUCAGUGCCUACGCUCCGACCAUGACCAACCCCGACGCCGUCAGAGACAAAUUCUACGAGGACCUGCACGCCCUCUUGGCGACUGUGUCGAAGGCGGACAAGUUGAUUGUCCUUGGUGACUUCAACGCCCGCGUCGGCACGGACCAUACUGCCUGGGGAGGAGUGCUGGGUCCCCACGGUCUCCGCGGCUCAAACGACAAUGGUCUGCUGCUUCUCCGCACCUGCGCAGAACACGGCCUCAUCCUGACGAACAUGUUCUUCUGUCUGCCGGAGCGAGAGAAGGCCACCUGGAGGCAUCCUCGGUCGCGCCAGUGGCACCUGCUGGACUACGUCCUCGUGCGGAGGCGAGAUCAGCGGGACGUACUGGUGACGGGUGCUGACGGGUGGACCGACCAUCGCCUCGUCAUCUCGAAGAUGCGUAUUCGCCUACAGCCUCGCAGGAGACCACAAGGUAAGCGACCCCCAGGUAAGCUGAAUGUUGCUCUGUUGUCUUUGCCCGCUCACCAUCUUCAUUUCAGCAAUGAGCUAGCUCAAAGGCUAUACAACCUUCCUAUCGCUGCCGCCGACGACGCCGCCGCUGCUGAGAACGCCUCCGUGGAGAACCGCAGGUGUCAACUGCGAGACACGGUCCAGUCGACGGCGCUCGCCGUCCUCGGUCGCGCUCCCCGCCAACACCAGGACUGGUUCGACGACAACGACGCCGCCAUCAGAACUCUGCUUGCCGAGAAGAACCGCCUACACAAAGCCUACGUAGAUCACCCCACUGAUGCCACCAAAGCUGCCUUCUACCACAGUCGCCGCCAACUUCAGCAACGACUGCGCGAGAUGCAGGACGCCUGGACUGCUCGUAAAGCUGAGGAGGUCCAAGGGUAUGCGGACCGCAACGAAUGGAAGAACUUCUUCUCUGCGAUCAAAGCUGUCUACGGUCCGCCGACGAAGGGCACCGCUCCUCUCCUCAGCGCCGACGGCAACACUCUCCUGACUGAGAAGACGGAAAUCCUGCAGCGAUGGGCCGAGCAUUUCCGAGGCGUCCUCAACCGCCCCUCCGUCAUCUCCGACGCCGCCAUCGAGCGCUUGCCGCAAGUGGAGACCAACGUGGACCUCGACCUCCCGCCAUCUCUCCAGGAGACCAUCACGGCCGUGCAGCAGCUCUCCAGCGGGAAAGCAGCCGGAUCGGACGCAAUCCCUGCUGAGGUCUACAAGCACGGAGGUCCCCAACUGAUGGAUCACCUGACUGCGCCCUUCCAAGAGAUGUGGCGUCACGGGGAAGUCCCGCAAGAUUUCAAAGACGCAACCAUCGUGCAUCUCUACAAGCGCAAAGUGAAUCGCCAAGUCUGCGACAAUCACCGCGGCAUCUCCCUGCUGAACAUCGCCGGGAAGAUCUUCGUCCGCAUCCCUCUCAACCGCCUCAAUAACCAUCUGGAACAGGGCCUUCUGCCGGAAAGCCAAUGCGGCUUCCGUCGUCUUCGUGGGACCACGGAUAUGAUCUUUGCCGCCCGUCAACUUCAGGAGAAGUGUCAGGAGAUGCGGACCCACCUGUACUCUACCUUCGUGGACCUGACGAAAGCUUUCGACACGAUGAAUCGCGGAGGACUGUGGAAGAUCAUGCAGAAAUUCGGCUGUCCGGAGCGAUUCACUCAGAUGGUGCGUCAACUGCACGACGGUAUGAUGGCGCGAGUCACGGACAACGGAGCUGUCUCAGAGGCAUUCGCAGUGACCAAUGGAGUGAAGCAGGGCUGCGUACUGGCGCCUACCCUCUUCACUCUUAUGUUCUCCGCCAUGCUGAUGGACGCCUACCGCGACAAACGCCCCGGGAUCCGCAUUGCCUACAGGACGGUCACCUGCUGA